UUUUUUGUUUAGGAACAAAGAACAAAAAUUCCGUCAGGCACUUUCGUUGGCACCUCAUGUAAGCGCGCGCGUUCGCAGGACAACUUUGAAUUACGGAAACGACUGAAGUGAAGCAAAACUCAGUGAACUGUAUAUUCGGCAAACACGAAGACGUGUCACCAUGCUUCAGGAUGUUAUGGACACGGGAGAGUCGAUGGUCAAAAUACUGAAAAGCAGCAAAGCUGACGAUGAAUUAAGAAAAGUGAGAGAGAAACAGCAGUGUUUCUUUGAGCGACACUUGGACGUGAAGAAAACCAUCACACUGGUGUUAAACGGUGUAGUUCAGUGUGAAGAUGAGGCGAGCCAGAAGCUGCUGGACAUGGAGGGGCAGAAGAGCCAGGCAGAGCGGGAGCUGGACAGUCUGGAGCAGGAGCUGCAGCAGUGUACAGCAAGGAGCCAGAACAUGGACUCAGAACUACAGUUCCUGCAGAGGGAGCUGGAGAGUCUGCGUGACUCGGAGCAGGAGCUGCAGACCCUGCAGCAGGAGGUUGAUGAUGACACUACAGAAGUCAUCCCAUCAGCCAUAUACGUGGCCCAGUUGUACCACAAAGUGACCAGGAUCAAGUGGGAGUAUGACACGGAGCCACACAUUCUGAGAGGAGUGCACUAUGGAGCUGACCUGGCCACACCAAUCAACAUAGACUCCUCUGUGCGGUCUCGGUGUUCAGUCAGUGAUGAGCUGUGGAACUUUGUCAGCACUGAAUGGUAGAAGAGAUCAAAGGAAAGUUGCCAUAUCUCUCCAGUAGUUGUUUGUCCUGUGGUUGGAUUGUCUGUUGUUUAUGUGUUGUGUGUUGUAAUACAUUUGUUUUAUAAUAAGAUUGUAUUCCUUAUUGUUGGUAUUGACUUGCAUUACAUUUUGUUAUAUUGAAUAAAGCAGUUUUUCUAAGCA